CAUCUCUCUCUCUCUCUCUCUCUCUCUCUCUCAUACUGAAACUUACAAUAAAGAGAUAAAAUGGUGACGCCUACAGAGCAAGAACACCCCAAGAAGGCUUUUGGAUGGGCUGCCAGAGACUCAUCUGGCGUUCUCUCUCCCUUUAAAUUCUCAAGAAGAGAAACUGGAGAGAAAGAUGUGACGUUCAAAGUGUUGUAUUGUGGGGUAUGCCAUUCGGACCUUCACAUGGUGAAGAAUGAAUGGGGUUUUUCUACAUAUCCUCUGGUUCCCGGACAUGAGAUAGUUGGUGUAGUGACAGAGGUAGGGAGCAAAGUUCAAAAAUUCAGUGUUGGAGACAAAGUAGGUGUUGGAUGCAUGGUAGGAUCGUGCACAUCUUGUGAUAGUUGUUCCAACAAUCUUGAGAAUUACUGUCCCAAAAUGAUACUCACCUAUGGUGCCAAGUACAUUGACGGAACCACCACAUAUGGAGGUUACUCCGACACCAUGGUGGCCGAUGAGCACUUCGUAGUUCGUAUUCCGGACAACCUACCCCUUGAUGGAGCUGCUCCUCUCCUAUGUGCUGGGAUUACAACUUACAGUCCCCUGAGAUAUUUCGGACUUGACAAGCCUGGUAUGCAUGUCGGGGUGGUUGGCCUAGGCGGUUUAGGUCACGUGGCCGUGAAGUUUGCCAAGGCUAUGGGGGUUAAGGUUACGGUGAUCAGUACCUCACCUACUAAGAAGGAGGAAGCAAUUGAACAUCUUCAUGCCGAUUCGUUUUUGGUCAGUCGUGACCAAGAUCAAAUGCAGGCUGCUACUGGCACAAUGGAUGGAAUCAUUGACACGGUUUCUGCCUUCCACUCUCUU